AUUGUAGAGCCAGACUUCAUCCAAGAAUUCUCACGUUAGCCUCUGUUUAUGUAAAAACUCAGUUGAUUAUUUUUCAGCUCUAGUGAAAAACACCCGUUGAAUUUCUCAAAUUUCUUGCCACGAUAUCCGUUCAUAUAUUUAUUACCUGGUUGCUGAUAUAUUUUGAUCCUGUAGUCAGGCAGUCAGGGUACAUCCUCUUCAGUGAGGAAUAGAGGAUGUCAAGGAGUGAUAUUGUGAUUCCCAUCCAAGUGAACGCGCAUAAUUUGUCUACCCCUUUGUCAUCAGUACCAUCACCAGAACCCUCUCCUCUUUCCACUGAUGCAAUAAUACACCAUAGAGACGAUGCACAAGAAUUAAAAGCGGAAGGUUCCUGGUUAUGGGAGCAAUUCUCUUACCUUGUGUAUCUCACUGUAUUUGGAAUUUUCGGGGUUUUAACAAGGUAUGGUCUGCAGAAACUGUUUGGCCCCGAAGGAGUUGGUGCCACGAAAGACAAAUACUACAUGUAUCUUGACCUUCCAUCUAAUAUGGUUGGUUCCUUCUUGAUGGGUUGGUUUGGCGUUGUUUUCAAAGCUAACAUAUCAUGCGUGUCAGAUCAAUUAGCCGUUGGAUUGACAACUGGUUACUUAGGAAGCCUAACAACAUUUAGCGGCUGGAAUCAGAAAAUGCUUGAACUCGGUGCUGAAGGGGAAUGGGUGUUUGUAGUUCUUGGUUAUUUCAUAGGGCUAUUUCUUGUUGCCUAUUCUAUCAUUUUCGGGGUAGAAACUGCCCAGGGAUUCAAAUGGACUUUGCGCAAGUUAAGCACAAGUUCUCAGCCAGGUCACUUUAGAUCUAGAUCAAGCUUGAAGGCUGAUAGCUCCAAGAUUCCCGUGGUGGUUACGGUAGUGCUAUUAGUAGUAGUUGUUCUGUUUUAUUGUUUAAGUGGAUCAUUAGAGUGGAAAGAGAUUAACAAAGGCGGUUCUAGAGCUCAGCUUCUGUUGGCUUGCAUGGUUGGACCUCUCGGUGUGUGGACACGAUGGUUCUUAGCGAAAAAACUCAAUGGGCAGGGCCUGGGGAAAAAUGGCUUUUUGAAAUGGUUGCCAUUCGGUACUCUGACAGCAAAUGUCUUUGCAGCUUGUGUUAUGGCCCUUUUCGCCAUACUUAAGAAAGCGGUGAAUACCCAGAAUUUCGAUACAGUUGCAGGAGGGAUACAGCUCGGACUUAUGGGUUGCUUGAGCACGGUUUCAACUUUCAUUGCUGAGUUCCAUACGAUGAGAGAAAGCGAUCAGCCCUGGAGAGCCUACGCGUAUGCCAUGGUUACAAUUCUUGCGUCCUUCAUUCUGGGCACUCUUAUAUACUCUGUGCCUUUCUGGAUCAAUAAUUAUGAUUAAAUGCUAGUCGGAACAUUGUAGUUUUAUCGAGUUUUUUUCCUUUUUUUUUUUUUUUGAAACAAUGUAGUUUUAUCGAGUUGAUAUAGUCAUUUGAUUUUUCCGCUGUGUGAUACUGUACAAAGAAUUGUGACUGCAGAUGUUACAUCUCCAUAAAUUGUGAAACCA